AUGACGACAACGGACUGCAGAAACUCGUCCACAGGGCGAGACGCCCUCCAGAAACCCAACCCUAGGAGCCUCCGUCGCGAGCAUGUCUCAUCGCAACCCGUGCUUCCCGACGAUGAGGAGUCGGUGACGGCCGCAGAGUCCGACACUACUCUCGAGCAAAGCACAUCUUCCAAUGGCUAUACGUAUGGCACCGCCGCUCAGCCAGCACCGCUGCCGAAGCCCGUCGACUCUUCUGCCGCUCUCGCAAACGGAACCGCAUCAGAGACUGCCGGGAACACGCCCCCGCCCACCCGUGCCCUGGCCCCGGACCUUCUCCGCGGGCUGCUCAUGAUGUUCAUGGCCAUGGACCACAACGUCAUAGGCCUCAACUCCUGGCCGCACAGCACCGGCGCAAACCACAUGGAAUCCGACUCUGCGCUGAUUACCCGCUGGAACCGUCCCAUUGGGUACGCCGUCCGCAUGCUCUCGCACCUGUGCGCCCCGGGCUUCACCUUUCUGCUCGGCAUGGGCGUAGUGUACUUUGGUCGCUCGCGGGCGAAGCUGGGAUGGUCGCCGGCGCGGAUGGCGAGGCACUUCGCGAUCCGGGCCGUGGUGCUGACGGCGGUCUCGACCGUGAUUGGUUUCUUUCUGACACUAGGCCAGCUGUGGUUUCUGAACAUGGUCCUCGUGGCGUUGGCGGUGGAUUACCUCCUCGUCGGCCUCCUGUGGCUCGGCAUCGCAGGGACCGAGCCAAUGCUGGCUUCGGCGCUUGACCGGUUUGUUCUCGUCGGCGACGGGGGCGAGAGGACACCUCUCCUGGUUCACACCGGCCACCGCAUCCCUUCCGAGGGCAAGGCCUCAGCCCGCGCCCAGUCGAUAUCAUGGCACGUACACAACGCCAUUCUCCUCGUGCUCGCCUUCGUCACCAUUUGGUGGAACAUCUGGCUUUCCCCGUCCCACGGCGUCUGCACAGCAUCCCCCGUCGCCUCCACGGCCAACGACUUCUGGCGCUUCUGGUUCUACGAGGUUUCGUCCCCGCACGUCAUGUCCGGCUUCCCGCCCCUCGCAUGGCUCUCCUUUGCCAUACUCGGCCUCCUCUACGGCCGCAUAGUGCUCGCUCGGCCUCUCUCGCCCACGACGCUGGCCUCGGGGAACGUUGCGGCGGGCCUUGUUUUCAGCGUCCUCUUCGUCCUCACCCGCGUCCUGCGCAUCGGUAAUCUCUCCGAGGGAUGCCUGCAGACACCCGACCAAGCGGCUCACCCCGAGAUCAACCCGUACUUGGUGUCCGUAGCCUCCUUUUUCUACGUCGUCAAGUACCCGCCCGACUUUGCAUUCUUCGCCUACACCCUUUCGGCAACCUUCUUUCUCCUCGCCAUCUUCGGCAUGGUCCCGCCGCGGUUCGCCACGAAGUGGCUCAAGGUUCUUUUGGCGUUUGGCACGUCUGCCCUGUUUUUCUACGUCAUGCACCUCAUCGUACUGUUCAGCGUGUCCCUGUCGGUGACGCUCAAUCUCUUUGGGCGCGAGAACGGGCUCCCUUCGCCCGUGGACGGAAGACCGGCCGUGGGUGUCGACAGCGUCUUGAUUUGGUGGGCAAAUUGGGCGUUGGUAAUGGCUAUCAUGUAUCCGUUGUGUAGGUGGUACAGCGCGUUCAAGAAGACGAGGAGUGCGGAUUCGGUGUGGAGAUUCUUUUAG